UGCUUCCGGUCAGGGUCAUGACUCUCUACCCAGUUCCGCUUCCCGAAUGGAAAGAUGUCAGAUUGUAUUCGCCGUUGGGAAUUUACGGAUAGGGGGAUUUCUCCGCAAUCUAGGAUGUAGGCCUGAAUACGUAUCUGCGAGUUUUUUUUUUUAACCCAUAAGCUGAAAUAUGAUCACGCAUUAUAUGCUGUCAGUAUGUGUAUUUCUUAUACAGUGUCUGGUUGAAGGUUUUUCCCUGCCAAGGUUGGAGAAUGUAACAAUUGAUUCAUAUAAUUUACAUAAUGUGAUAAGUUGGAGUGCUCUACAGCCUUUGGACAAUACAACAUUAAAAUACGUGGUUCAGUAUAAACACAGGGACACUGAUGUUUGGAAGAAUUAUAAAGGCUGUGCUCCUACAGUGGACACCUAUUGCAGUUUUCUUCCUCAGCAUCCGUACGUUAACGUGACCCUGCGGGUCCAAGCUCAGGCUGGAAAUCAGACUUCGCCGUGGUCUCAGACUCAGCCAUUUAUGGGACACGUUCAGAGCCGACUGGGACAUCCAAACGUAACACUCACUCCUGUGGACCUCCACUCUUUGCAAAUUGAGAUUGACCCUGAUGCUAAUCUCAGAAAAUUGUACGGUGAUGCACUCAAGUAUAGAGUCCUCUAUGGAAAAGAGCAUGAAGCUUUUAGGACUCAAAGGGACUUGCCUUCCUCAGUGAUCAUUAAUUCCCUGGAGGCUGGGGUGAAGUACUGCUUUCAGGUGUACUACGUCAUUUACCCCGAUAUGAGACUGGGCAACAAUGCCAGCGAAUCGUGUGUCACCACUGAAGAGUCAGAAAAGGAGAGCAUGUUCCGAAUUGCGUGCCUGUCAGUUAUCGUUGUCGUCCUUUCGGGUGCAUUUAUAUCGGGAUGCAUCUUUGUGACUAUCCAAAACUACAGCAGAGUCAAAGACGCUCUGUGGCCUGACCUCAGUGCAGACCCGUGGAUUCAGGAGCAUGACUUCCCCAAAAUCCCUAAUGAUAGGUCCUACAACAACUACUCCGAGGAAACCUGGGACAGGGUCUCUCUGAUCAUAGAGAAUGACAAUUAUCAAGGAGAGGAAAGUUAAUUUGCACAGCCUGGAAACUACUGUAGUAUAAAGCACGUCCAGUUUUAAGAUUGCAUAAAGUGAAGACUUCUGAUGUGUUAAAUGUUAGUGUGUUAGUUGAGUAUUGUUUGGUAAUGUUAGACCAAGUCAAGUCUUGUGGUUUACCUGUGAGACUCAUGUUUGUUUGCCCAUGUUGCCAUCAAUGGUUGUCAUGCCAAUCUCUACCCCAACAGACAGCUCCCCAGAUAAUUUUCUUUGUAGAAGUAGCUAUAUAAAUAAGGUUGGAGACCCCCGUUUACAGCAUUUGCCUGAUGAAUUGUUUUGUGCAAUAACUAAAUGUGACCAACUUGCAAUAGUGACUCGAUUUAAGAAGAUGCCAAGUAAGCACUUUCCCUUGUGUAAGGGAGCCCCAAGACACUAAAUGGUUUUUAUGUUGAAGAUAUGAGCCAAGUUAAACAGUUAUCUUUUGUUAAAGGGACAGUAAAUCAUUUUUUAUCUGAAUGCCAAAUUCAAUGCAUUUAACAUAAUUCCAUACUGGAUAUCAUCCUGGUAAGAGUGGAUUCCUAAAUAUUGAUUACAUAAUUUAUUUUUUUGGGUAUGUGUGGUAAAGAAUGUUGAUUUAAUUCUCAUAACACUUUCACAGCAUUGAUCUACUGGUGGAAUGCUGAUGGUACGACUACCUGUUCUGAUCAAUUAAAAAUGUUUAAAAAGU